AUGGGCUGUACGAUGAGUCAGGAGGAGCGAGCCGCCCUCGAGCGGUCUCGUAUGAUUGAGAAGAACUUGAAGGAAGACGGGCUACAGGCCGCCAAAGACAUUAAACUUUUGUUACUUGGUGCUGGCGAAUCGGGUAAAUCGACUAUCGUAAAACAAAUGAAAAUUAUACACGAAUCAGGUUUCACGGCAGAGGAUUAUAAGCAAUAUAAGCCGGUCGUAUAUAGUAAUACAGUGCAAUCGCUGGUCGCCAUUCUUAGAGCAAUGGGUAAUCUAUCGGUGCAGUUUGGAAUGUCUGAAAGAGAGCCGGAUCGUCCGUCCACUGCGCUUGGAUGUAAGAAUGAGAUUAAGAUUAAGGUGCAAGUAACUUCACGUUUUCACGAUAAUGAACUGCUGCAGGUAGAUGCAAAACUAGUGAUGGAUGUAGUGGCACGAAUGGAGGAUACAGAGCCGUUUAGUGAUGAAUUAUUAGGUGCUAUGAAAAGAUUAUGGGCUGAUUGCGGAGUGCAGGACUGCUUUGCCAGAUCGAACGAAUACCAGCUGAACGAUUCCGCGAAAUAUUUCUUGGAUGAUUUGGAUCGUUUGGGUCAAACUAAUUAUCAGCCGACCGAACAAGAUAUCCUUAGAACUCGAGUGAAGACAACUGGUAUUGUUGAGGUGCACUUCACUUUUAAGAAUCUUAACUUUAAGUUAUUUGAUGUGGGUGGACAGCGGUCAGAGCGUAAGAAGUGGAUACACUGCUUCGAGGAUGUAACAGCGAUUAUUUUCUGUGUGGCUAUGUCUGAGUACGAUCAAGUUUUGCAUGAAGACGAAACCACUAAUCGAAUGCACGAAUCGCUGAAAUUAUUCGACUCGAUUUGUAAUAAUAAAUGGUUUACGGAUACAUCAAUUAUUUUAUUCCUCAAUAAGAAGGAUCUCUUCGAAGAAAAAAUUAAAAAAUCACCUUUGACGAUCUGCUUCCCUGAAUAUUCAGGUAGACAAGAUUACCACGAGGCGAGUGCAUAUAUCCAGGCGCAGUUCGAGGCCAAGAACAAGUCGGCAAACAAGGAGAUUUAUUGUCAUAUGACGUGUGCCACGGACACCACGAAUAUUCAGUUCGUUUUUGAUGCGGUCACGGAUGUCAUUAUUGCGAAUAAUUUGAGGGGAUGUGGUUUAUAUUGA